GGCCAGGCCCCACAGGAGCAGCCGCCCGGGGCGCCAGAGCUGCGGGCCGCGCAGCCGGGAUGAGCGCCAGCGCGGGCGGCGGCGGGGACAGCGGCAGCAGCAGCAGCUCGCAGGCCUCCUGCGGGCCCGAGUCCUCGGGCUCCGAACUAGCCCCCGCCACACCAGCACCACGGAUGCUGCAGGGGCUGCUGGGCUCCGAUGACGAGGAGCAGGAGGACCCCAAGGACUACUGCAAGGGCGGCUACUACCCCGUGAAGAUUGGCGACCUGUUCAAUGGGCGGUACCACGUGGUGCGCAAGCUGGGCUGGGGCCACUUCUCCACCGUCUGGCUCUGCUGGGACAUCCAGCGCAAGCGCUUCGUGGCCCUGAAAGUGGUGAAGAGCGCAGGGCAUUACACAGAGACAGCUGUGGAUGAGAUCAAGCUCCUGAAAUGUGUCCGAGACAGCGACCCCAGCGACCCCAAAAGAGAGACCAUUGUCCAGCUUAUCGAUGACUUCAGGAUCUCAGGAGUUAAUGGAGUCCAUGUAUGCAUGGUGCUGGAGGUCCUGGGCCACCAGCUCCUCAAGUGGAUCAUCAAGUCUAACUACCAGGGCCUGCCCGUGCCCUGCGUGAAGAGCAUUGUGAGGCAGGUGCUGCACGGCCUGGACUACCUCCACACCAAAUGCAAGAUCAUCCACACGGACAUCAAACCUGAGAACAUCCUGCUGUGUGUGGGGGACGCCUACAUCAGGCGCCUGGCUGCCGAGGCCACAGAGUGGCAGCAGUCAGGGGCACCGCCCCCGUCCCGCUCCACAGUCAGCACUGCCCCCCAGGAGGUCUUGACUGGUAAGCUGUCGAAAAACAAGAGGAAGAAAAUGAGGCGCAAACGGAAACAGCAGAAGCGGCUGCUGGAAGAGCGGCUGCGGGACCUGCAGAGGCUGGAGGCCAUGGAGGCGGCGGCCCAGGCAGAGGACUCUGGCUCAAGACUUGAGGGGGGCAGCGGCUCCACGUCUUCUUCUGGCUGCCACCCCGGGGGGGCCAGGGCCGGCCCCUCCCCAGCCUCCUCCUCCCCAGCCCCCGGGGGCGACCGCAGCCUCAGCCCUGGCUCCCAGACCUCAGGCUUCUCGGGCUCGCUUUUCUCCGCUGCCUCGUGCUCCAUCCUCUCAGGCUCCUCCAACCAGCGAGAGACCGGGGGCCUCCUGUCACCCAGCACACCGUUUGGUGCCUCAAACCUCCUGGUGAACCCCCUAGAGCCCCAAAACGCAGACAAGAUCAAGAUCAAGAUUGCAGACCUGGGCAAUGCCUGCUGGGUGCACAAGCACUUCACCGAGGACAUCCAGACGCGGCAGUACCGGGCCGUGGAGGUGCUGAUCGGCGCCGAGUACGGGCCCCCGGCUGACAUCUGGAGCACAGCAUGCAUGGCCUUCGAGUUGGCCACCGGCGACUACCUGUUUGAGCCUCACUCUGGAGAAGACUACAGUCGUGAUGAGGACCACAUCGCCCACAUUGUGGAGCUUCUGGGAGACAUCCCCCCGGCCUUCGCCCUAUCAGGCCGCUACUCUCGGGAGUUCUUCAACCGGCGAGGAGAGCUGCGGCACAUCCACAACCUCAAGCACUGGGGCCUGUACGAGGUACUCAUGGAGAAGUACGAGUGGCCCCUGGAGCAGGCCACGCAGUUCAGCGCCUUCCUGCUACCCAUGAUGGAGUACAUCCCGGAAAAGCGGGCCAGCGCAGCCGACUGCCUCCAGCACCCUUGGCUCAACCCCUAGGCCGCGCUGGCACCUGGGGCAGCUUGGGGCAGGCCUGGCUGCCCCUCCAAGCCCCUUGGCUCCCAGUGCCUUCAGGGAAAGCGGGACGACUCCUGCCACCCCACGGGAGCUGCCCUCUCCCACCGUGCCGGGUGCAAGCUUUGUGACGCCCCCCCCCCCCCCCACCACGGCAGGGCAGACAGAUGCUGGGGCCAAGGCCACCUUUCAGAAUGUAUGCUGCCCCCAAUCCUCACAGAGGGCCCUCUAGUGGGAAGUGUGUGUGUUUCUUUUCCUAAUAAAGUGUGAAAUGGA